AUGACUGAGCUCCGGCCACAGGUUUCAAGAGGGGUGGCAUGGAGGGAGAGGGAAAUCCUGGACCUUCUCUCGUUCUGGGGAGAGGAGAAAAUACAGGAUGCACUGAAGAAAAGUCAUAGAAAUAUAGACUACUUUGAGUGCAUCGCCGUUCAGAUGGCCUCCCGGGGACAUAAGAGGUCGGCGACAGAAUGCAGAUCCAAGACGAAAACAAUGAGACUAGAAUAUAAGAAGGUGGUGGCACAUAACGGUAUCUCAGGAAAUGCUCCCAUAACCUGCCCAUAUUACAGGGAGCUGAACAGCAUUCUGCGGGGGGAUGCAAGCGUCAAACCGAAGCAUGUUGCAAGGAGCCUCUGUGUCGAGUCUGCGGCACAGCAUGUUCUCCCCGCAGUGCCCUGCUAUGACGGGUCAGAGGAGCUUUUCUCGCACGAUCUGAUAACCAUUGAUCGUGAGCAGAUUAGAAGUUCCACCCCCUCCCCCAGAGAUGGCGGUGUGGGGUUGGCACAGGGGGCACCAGAGAAUGACCUAGAUGUCACAGUGGAUGGCCUCGCUGACUGUGAGGCGGAGGAACCGUGUCCUGAUGCUCAGGAGGAACCGCAGAGUGAAGGCGACUCAAGCUCAUUGCAGCAGGGUGGCGGAAAGGAUUCCACAUCAACAUCCAUGGCUGAGGCUUCCCCGGGGUCACGCCUUGAACGUAUAAAGAGCAGAAGACGGAGAAAUGCGGGAUUGUUUGCAGUCGCUGAUAAGAUGAUCAGUCAGGGGAGGAGCAUAAGGCCCAAAUUGCUGAAUGGCGCAUUGAUAGGGAGGAAAGCGUAA